GUUCUGGGUGUGGCUACAGUUGACGCCCUGCGCGAACGGAGGUCAGGUUAGCAAGUGGUCCAAUGUUUGUAAUAGGAUAUCGGCAGAAGCCCGUUUUGAAAGAUUUCACAUGAAAAACAUUUAAAUAUAUAUUUUUUAAAGAUAGAAAGCCACCUUGUAUCACAAGGUAACCGGUUAAUUAAUCUACCAGCUAGCUUCUAGCCAAAUAAGCCAGCUAUUAGGCUAAUGUUACAGCUGUUGUUAGCCAGCUAAUGUUAAACAUCAUCAGAUAAACACUGCAAAGUUGAUCAGCCAUACUUUAACAUUCAUCAACUACUAUAGCUUUUGGUAUUGCUAGUUAUCACUUUAAAGUCUCUUAAAGCAGUUAGCUCUCAGUAGGUGUUGGUUAUAAAGUCAAUCAGCCGUGAACUGUCAACUUGCUAGCAGCUAGCUAGCUAGUUGCGAUAUCGGAAACUAACAUCAUGAAGGUGGUGAUGUUCGCUGCAUAGGUUAGGAAAGCGAAGAACGCAAUGCAGUUUAUCAAGAAUAUCCUGGGAAGUUUGUGGAUUUUGUUACUUCUUCCCUCUGAAAUCAAAGGACAAUGCACCAAGCCCCCUGCCAGUGACAAUGCUGUUGUACACGAAGAUUAUAUAUUAAAGGACACUUUUGAAGAGGAGUCUACUAUUCGACUUCGGUGCUACCCCGGGUAUCAGCCUAGUUCUGGAUUAUCGAGGCUCACCUGUUCCAGUGGACAGUGGAGCCCAAGCCCAGAGAGUUUCAUCUGCCGAAAAAAGUCCUGUGGCAACCCUGGUGAGGUGACCAAUGGGGAGUAUCAGUUCCCAGACGGAAUUGAAUUUGGGGCCGAAAUCAUAGCUGUCUGCAACAUUGGGUUCCAAAUAAUUGGAAAAAAUAAAAGAACUUGCCAGGCAAAUGGAGAAUGGAAUGGCAGAGAGGCCGUUUGUGAAGCGGUGACGUGUGCACCUCCACCUCCUGUCACCAAUGGCCUCCUAAAACUUCCUUCAGAAGAAUAUUAUCAUUUUGGCGAUGUGGUGCAGUAUACGUGUAGCAAUGGCUACAGCCUUUUUGGGGAGAACAAUGUGCACUGUCUUGUACAUGGCAACUGGUCGGAAAAACCUCGUUGCACAAAGGUGGACUGCCCGAGGCCAGACAUCCCGAAUGCCAAACGUAUUGAGGGUCAUAGUGGGCCUUACACUUUAAGGAACAGAGUCAUUUAUGAGUGUGUCAAGGGAUACAGGAUGAUGACUCCUAAUAACCAGAUGGUCUGUUUGGAGGAAGGAUGGUCUCAUAAACUGACAUGUGAAGAGGUGGAGUGUCCUCAGCCAGGUGCCUCCAAUGCAAUCAUCAUUGCGGGGGCGGGUGGCCCUUAUCGAUAUGGUUCCUUCGUCAGAUACGAGUGUCAGAUUGGGCACAGACUGGUCGGCAGUUCUCAGUUGGAAUGUGGAUCUGAUGGACAGUGGUCGUCCAACCCUCCCAUGUGUGAAGAGGUGAAGUGUCCUCUGCCACGGGUCACCAAUGCCACCAUCACUGAGGGGGCAGGCGGCUCUUAUGGGUACGGGACCGUCGUCAGGUACAAGUGCCCGGCUGAGCAGAAACUGGUCGGCAGCCCUCAGUUGAAAUGUGAAUCUAAUGGACAGUGGUCAUCCAACCCUCCCGUGUGUCUCAAAGUGGUGGAGUGUCCUCAGCCAGGUGCCUCCAAUGCAAUCAUCAUUGCGGGGGCGGGUGGCCCCUAUCGAUAUGGUUUUUUCGUCAGAUACGAGUGUCAGAUUGGGCACAGACUGGUCGGCAGUUCUCAGUUGGAAUGUGGAUCUGAUGGACAGUGGUCGUCCAACCCUCCCAUGUGUGAAGAGGUGAAGUGUCCUCAGCCACGGGUCACCAAUGCCACCAUCACUGAGGGGGCAGGCGGCUCUUAUGGGUACGGGACCGUCGUCAGGUACAAGUGCCCGGCUGAGCAGAAACUGGUCGGCAGCCCUCAGUUGAAAUGUGAAUCUAAUGGACAGUGGUCAUCCAACCCUCCCGUGUGUCUCAAAGAGGUGAAGUGUCCUCAGCCACGUGUCACCAAUGCCACCAUCUCUGAGGGGGCAGGCGGCUCUUAUGGGUACGGGACCGUCGUCGGGUACAAGUGCCCGGCUGAGCAGAAACUGGUCGGCAGCCCUCAGUUGAAAUGUGAAUCUAAUGGACAGUGGUCAUCCAACCCUCCCGUGUGUCUCAUAGCAGAAUCAACCCCACCGCCAUUCUCAAACCUAAUAGCAUUUGUGUUACUUCCAGCGCUUUUUUUUGUUGCCGGUGGCCUCAUCUGGAUCUUCAUCAGGUAUAAGAAGAAAAAGAAGAACAGGAGCUCCCCUACACCGUCCCAUUCAGAAAGCGUACAGCUAAAGUCACUGAAUACCCCAGAAAACGGUGUCUAGUCAGACAGUGGGACUACUCCGACACCACUCAAAACAUGAUUCUUGAUCCCGGCCUGCAGCAUGUUACUGCAUAGAGCGUGUGUGUGUCUGUCUGUCUGUCUGUGUGUGUGUGGUUGCUGCAUCCCUCCUGUUCCAUGGAAAAAGCAAGAGGAACUGCCUUAAUUCAGAAGGUCAAUUUGUAGAAUUAAAAACUUUUUGUAACCAGAGCUUGUGGACACAUUGCUUUAAGCACUUUGAUGACCUACUGCACGUGAUUU